AUGGAAUCAUCUAGGACCUCUCUCCCCGCAUCGUCUUCGCCAAUGGCGGGACUUCGACACCGAGUCCAAGAAGCAUUGAAGAUGAUGAAUCAAUUUCUUAGCAUUCCUCCGGUGACAUCCUUGAGUGACCAAACCAUAGUAUGGCCCGGCUCUGCUUGCAAGACUCUGGAGACUUUGAGCAUUAACAUUCCACCACUUAGUGCUACUGACAUGGCGUUCCUCCGCACAAUGGGUAAAGACCUAGUGGAACGCGGGAAAGCUGUGGAACCAGCUCUGCAAGUGGCUAAAGCAAGUACGAAAAUUAUCAUGCCACGAGCCGCACUCACUGCUCAAAAGCCGACUCUCAUCAAAGGAGCUGCACAAAUGCGACAUGAGGAAGCGGCCUUAAUUGCCACUGAUCCCACUCGCGCGGAGAUAGAAGCACAGGUUGAGCUGCAAGCAGCGCAAAGCUUUUUCACUCGCGUCCGCACUACUCUAUCCCGCAUUGCCCAGCAGCUCGCCAAUUACGAGCCGUCCGACUCCUAG